AUGGGCAUAUGGCCCUCUCAAAGCGCGACACGGCCCAAAUUCGUUGAGCUGCGGUCGUCAAAAUGGUUCAUCAUGUUUGUGGUUUCGUUCGCUGCUGCGACGGAUAUCUUCAUGUAUGGGCUGAUCGUCCCUGUCACGCCGACGGCCCUGCAGGAUAGAGUGGGGCUGUCGGAGGGCAGUAUCCAAAGCUGGACUUCUAUUCUUCUAGCGCUGUACUCGGCUGCGUUGCUCGGUUUUUCCCCCAUUGUUGGGUACCUUGCUGAUAGAUCCGAGUCGCGUCGAUGGCCACUAUUAAUUGGCUUGGUGGCCCUGGGCGCUGCCACGGCUUUGUUAUGUGUUGGGACGAACAUCGGCUUGUGGAUUGCUGGUCGAUUGUUUCAAGGUGCUGCUGCGGCUGUCGUUUGGUCGGUUGGUCUUGCGCUGAUGGUUGAUACUGUUGGCAAGGAAGAUCUUGGUCAAGCUAUUGGUUAUGUGUCUAUGGGUAUUAGUGUUGGGACAUUGGCCGGGCCUUUGCUUGGUGGUGUCUUGUAUCAAAAUGGGGGAUACUAUGCCGUUUUUGGUCUUGCCUUUGGACUAAUUGGUGUUGAUAUCUUCCUCCGGGUCAUUCUGAUUGAGCGUCGGCAUGCGAUCAAAUGGCUUGCAUCGGAUGAACGACCCUUGUCUGCAAAUGGACAACCCACUACCAAAAAAGGACCCAAAGGAAAACCAAGUUCUUCAGCCUCCAACACUUUUGAUACCGACACAUCACCCAAAUCGCCUCCUUCGCGGAGUGCGCUUCAUCGUGUCAACACUCUACUCAAAUCACCUCGUCUUAUCGUCUCCCUUUGGGGAUACUUCAUCAUAUCCCUUGUCCUGACCUCCUUCGACAGUGUUCUCCCACUAUAUGUGCAAGAAACUUUCAAUUGGGAGCAGACCGGCCAAGGACUGAUCUUCAUCCCACUGAUGGUACCACACGUUCUAGACCCUGUAACGGGACUCGUCAUUGACAAAUUCCCCCGGGCAUCUCGCUAUAUAACCGCAGGAGUAUUCCUUGCCUCAGUCCCUGUGAUGACACUCCUGCGUCUCGUCACGGAUAACACCAUGCAGCAUAAGAUUCUGCUGUGCGCUCUUCUUGCCCUUCUCGGUUUCUGCUUUGCAGUCGCCAUGCCUCCCAUCGUGGCUGAGGUCUUCUAUGCCGUGCAAGAAAAGGAAGAUGAAACGCCUGACAUCUUCGGCCGCGGUGGGGCAAUGGCUCUGGCUUUUGGUCUUUCUAACAUGGGCUUCGCGGCUGGAAGUCUUAUUGGGCCGUUCUUCGCUGGCUUUAUUCGGCAGGAGGCUGGUUGGGGGACUAUGGGUUGGGCUUUAGGACUAUGUGUCGGCGUUUCGGCGCUUCCAGUGCUUUUAUUCUUGGGCGGAUGGAUUUUGCGGAAGCCUAAGUCAUCGGAAGAAACUUCCAUUGCCGAAGGUGAUUCCUCCUAG